GGUAUAUUAUUGGGGUGAGGAAAAUGUCAGCCUACGCAAUCUUCUAAAACUUAAUGAAAUGAAAAAAAAUCCAAAACCCAAAAGUACAUGAAAAGGACAGCUUUAUUGGAAUUGAGAAGAACUAAACUCUUUUUCCAGUUCAGUCCACUAUCACAGAGCCAAACAUCAUGAACAGGUUUCUAUACUGUGGAGUUAUGAGGGCUAAAGCUUCCCAAAAGGGUCUCAGUUUCUUCAAUUCUUUCAAUCUCUCAAGAUCUGUUCAUUCCAUACCCUUUGCUACUGUAGAUGUUGAAGAGAUAUCAGGUUCUCAACCGGCUGAAGUUCACAACUUGGUGCAGGGUAAAUGGAAAACAUCUUCAAAUUGGAAUACACUUUUGGAUCCUUUAAAUGGAGAGCCAUUCAUUAAAGUUGCUGAGGUAGAUGAAACAGGCAUUCAGCCAUUUGUGGAGAGCUUGUCCAAGUGUCCCAAACAUGGUCUACACAAUCCCUUUAAAGCACCAGAGAGGUAUCUUUUGUUUGGAGACAUAUCUGUAAAGGCAGCCCACAUGCUUUCCAUUCCAAAGGUUUCCGAUUUCUUCACUAGGUUAAUACAGAGAGUUGCUCCAAAGAGUUACAAGCAGGCUCUUGGUGAAGUUUAUGUUACACAAAAGUUUUUUGAGAAUUUCUCUGGUGAUCAGGUUCGUUUCCUUGCGAGAUCUUUUGCAGUACCUGGAGAUCAUCUUGGACAGCAAAGUCAUGGUUUUCGUUGGCCUUAUGGUCCUGUUGCAAUAAUUACUCCUUUCAAUUUUCCCCUGGAGAUUCCUGUACUUCAGUUGAUGGGUGCACUUUAUAUGGGCAACAAGCCUAUUCUUAAAGUUGAUAGCAAGGUGAGCAUUGUCAUGGAGCAAAUGAUGCGCUUACUUCAUUAUUGUGGGUUACCUGCGGAAGACGUUGACUUCAUAAAUUCUGAUGGGAAGACAAUGAACAAGAUAUUAUUGGAGGGAAACCCACGAAUGACCCUCUUUACUGGUAGCUCAAGAGUGGCAGACAAGUUGGCUGUUGACCUUAAGGGUCGCAUUAAGUUGGAAGAUGCAGGAUUUGACUGGAAAGUUCUAGGGCCUGAUGUUCAGGAGGAAGAUUAUGUUGCAUGGGUCUGUGAUCAGGAUGCAUACGCAUGUAGUGGUCAGAAGUGCUCGGCACAAUCAAUAUUAUUCAUGCAUGAGAACUGGUCUAGAACUUCACUUAUAUCCAAAAUAAAAAACCUUGCUGAGAGAAGGAAAUUAGAAGAUUUAACUGUUGGCCCUGUCCUUACUUUCACAACUGAAGCCAUGCUAGAGCACUUGAAUAAAUUGCUUCAGAUACCAGGUUCAAAACUACUCUUUGGCGGUGAACCUAUAAAGAACCAUUCAAUUCCAUCCAUAUAUGGUGCUAUAAAACCAACGGCCGUUUAUGUCCCACUUGAAGAAAUUAUGAAAGAAAACACUUAUGAGCUUGUUACAAGAGAGAUUUUUGGACCAUUCCAGAUUAUUACCGACUACAAAAAAGAAAAACUUCCAAUGGUGUUGGAUGCUCUCGAGAGGAUGCAUGCACAUUUAACAGCUGCUGUGGUUUCAAAUGAUCCCCUGUUCCUACAGGAAGUUAUUGGAAAAACAGUGAAUGGGACUACUUAUGCUGGAUUAAGAGCAAGAACAACUGGAGCUCCACAAAAUCACUGGUUUGGACCAGCUGGAGACCCCAGGGGUGCCGGAAUUGGGACCCCAGAAGCAAUAAAGCUUGUUUGGUCUUGCCAUAGAGAGAUUAUAUACGAUAUCGGCCCCAUGCCAAGAAACUGGGAAAUUCCACCAUCUACUUGAGAAGUCACACUCACAACAGAAGAAGAGAAACAAAUAUAACUUACAAUGCCUACAAGCAAUUUUCUUCUGACUUCAUUGACGCAAGACAAUACAGUGGGGAGCAGUGGUGUCCUUUACUCGCUCACGAUUUUCAUUAAUAAAUUGGGAUGUUUAGUUUGGCUUUUUAUUUGGCCAAUUUAGCUUAUUCGACUAGUGCAUAAUUUUUAAAACCUCACUUUUUGGCACAAUUGUAUUUUUGCCAAAUGAGAAUGAAAAUAAGCUGUCCAAAAAAAAAAAAUUGUGUCAGUACUUGUUACUGACCAGUUCUCUCCUCUCUGUAAUAAUUGGUAGUUUAUCAAACAAUCCACAAGGGACUACAGUUUUGAUGA